GAUUAGGAGUAUUCACAAAACAAUUUCAAAUGUUGGACAUAGAGAAGGAAAAUGACCCAUAGCGAGUAUCAUUGUCGCUGGGAUUGAACACUUCGGACGAUCAUGCUUGUUGGGCACUUGUGUUGUGCUGACACACAGAGAUCCGUUCUACACGCCUGCUUCAUUAUACAAGCGAGAAAGAGAACAUCGGUUGCUGUUUGUGAAUGUGUACACAUAGGAAUUAAAAGAGCUGCAAAACUUCAUCGAAUCGACAUGCUCAUUCAGUCAUUCAGUGUAAACCAUCAUUCACUCGGUCAAGAAGGAACGAGCGAAGAGACAGAAGAAAAAAAAAGAUGUUUGUUUUGUGGCCCUGAAGAGCGGAUGGCAAUUUUUUCCGGUCGCGUAGUUUAAUCAAUCGAUUCACUCGAUAAUUGCAUUGGAUUUUAUCCCUAGUAUCAGGACUAUUACGAAGCAAUUGGCCACCAUCCGAAGAAUCAUCAACGUCAGGUCCGUGAGACCGAUUAUAUGACAUUUGCUUUUCGUGUCCUCUUUCCUGGGACCACUCUCACAACCAAAAGCAACAACCAACCGUAAACACCCCCGCAAACCGGCCCCACCAUGAUCCAGGGUUAUGGUUCGGUAACGCAGGCUCUGCUGGGAACGCUACUGACCUGGGGCCUAACGGCCCUCGGAUCGGCAAUGGUCGUUUUCCUGCGAGGCAAUCAGCGCAAAUCGUUGGACAUAUCACUCGGAUUCGCUGCCGGAGUAAUGGUGGCGGCCAGUUUCUGGUCGCUACUGGCGCCAGCUAUCGAGCUGGCGGAGAGUUCCAAUAUGUACGGAAGUAAGGGCGAGUUUGCCUUCAUACCGGUGGCAGUGGGGUUCCUGCUGGGGGCGAUAUUUGUGUACGGAACGGACAAGGUUAUUUCAUUCCUGGGCAUCAACAGCCCGACGAUGAUGAUUGCACUGACGCACACCAAUAAGGACAAGGCAGAUAUUGCGAUUGACGAUCAGGUUUCUUCGAUAGAGCACGGGAGAAGCUCGUAUGCGGGGGUGGCACCGAAUCCACAGGACCACUCGCUGUCGAUUGGAAUGGAGAGUUUUGCCGACUGUUUGAAUGCACAACAUGGUAGUGUUUCGCGGAAGCGCAGGAAGGGAAGCGAGACGGCCAAGGAGCAGGCACUGUAUACGAACUCAAGCCAAAGUCAAAUCGAUGCCCAGCUGUCGCAGUGGAAGCGAAUUAUGCUGCUUGUGGUGGCCAUCACGGUGCACAACAUACCGGAGGGAUUGGCCGUUGGUGUGAGUUUCGGUGCGAUCGGGACGACAGAGUCGGCUACAUUCGAAGCUGCGCGUAAUUUAGCCAUCGGUAUCGGGAUUCAAAAUUUCCCCGAGGGACUAGCUGUCAGCCUUCCGCUGCAUGCAGCUGGCUUUAGCCUGGGAAAAAGUUUCUGGUAUGGACAGCUGUCGGGAAUGGUUGAGCCGAUCUUUGGCAUUCUUGGCGCUGUUGCUGUUAGCCUGGCGACGAUUAUUUUGCCGUACGCGCUAUCCUUUGCUGCCGGAGCUAUGAUUUACAUCGUGGCUGACGAUAUUCUGCCAGAGGCACACGCAAGUGGUAAUGGUCUGAUUGCUACUUGGGGAACCGUGAUCGGUUUUGUGGUGAUGAUGUGCCUCGAUGUUGGCCUAGGAUAAGCUCUACACUUAUACUGUCAAAAGAGACGCUAAUGUGAUCCGACUGUUGGGAUGUACUUUAAUUGAGUAAGUAUUAAUCGUAUUUGUUAGAGCAUAGUAACUACCAGAGUAGAGAUGCAAGCUGGAAAUGACUUUUGUGGGGGAAGGCUUGCAGGAAAAAACCGCAUCGCAAGUACCUACACGUGUAAUAUACUUAUAAUAACAGAUAGCAGAUAGACAGAAGCAACUUUUUUCCCGUUUAUUUUAUCUAGUUUAUUGUACAAAUAAAUUUUUAUGAUGGGUAUAUAGAACAGAG